AUGAGUGUCUGGAACCCUCUGAGACUGCGGGACCUGGCAGGAAUUGGCCUGCUGAAGGACGAAUCUUCAGCCAUCACUGCUCUGGAGUAUCUGCCCACGGAGCUCUUCCCCCCACUGUUCAUGGAGGCCUUCUAUGGGAGUCACAGGGAGACCCUGAAGGCCAUGGUGCAAGCCUGGCCCUUUGUCCGCCUUCCUCUGGGAGGCCUAAUGGGAGGCCUGAUGCAGAUGUCUCAUGUGGAAACCUUACAAGCCAUGCUGGAUGGGCUGGAUGUCCUGCUUGCCCAGAGGGUUCACCCCAGGUGCAAACUGCGGGUGCUGGAUUUAAGGAUGACUGGCCAGGACUUCUGGAGCAUGUGGUCUGGAUCCAAUGUCCAUGUGUCCUUAGACUCACUGAGGGCACCAGUGCCUGAGGGCAGUUCAGAGACAGGGCAUCCCUUCGCCCCUUUGGAGGUGUUCAUAGAACUUUGCCUCAGUGAUGGAACCCUGGAUGGGUUCCUCACCUACCUCAUGAGCUGGGUGGAGCAGAGAAUAGGCUCCAUACACCUGUGCUGUAAGAAGCUGAGGAUUUUUUCAGUACCCACGGAAAAUACUCAGAAGAUUCUCAGUAUGAUCCAGCUGGACUGUAUCCAGGAGGUGGAAGUGAUCUGUAAUUGGCAUCCAUCCACCUUCUCCAUGUUUGCUGCUCUCCUGGGCCAGAUGAGCAAUGUGCAGAGAUGCCUCAUGUCAGCCUCCGAGGAGCAGGAACAACAGGUUGUCGUCCAAUUUACCUCUCAGUUCCUCAGGCUGCAGCACCUCCGGGAUCUCCAUCUGGAAUCUUCCUUCUUCCUCGAAGGCUGCCUGGACCAGUUGCUCAGGUACCUGACAACCCCCUUGGACAACUUUGCAGUCACUCACUGCCUAGUUACGGGAUCAGACUUGAUGCAUCUGUCCCAGUGUCCAAACAUCAGUCGGUCAAAGGGCCUGAAUCUGGGUGGUGUCACACUGACUGACUUCAAUCCUGAGCUUCUUCAAGUUCUGCUGGAGAAAGUCGCAGUCACCUUGCAGGACCUGGACUUAAAUCAGUGUGGGAUCACAGACACCCAACUUGAGUCUGUCCUGCCGGCUCUGAGCCUCUGCUCCCAGCUCAGGUCCAUCAACCUGUGUGGGAACCUCCUCUCCGUGGCCGUCAUGGGCAGGAUGCUGCGACGUACCACCAGACUGCCCAGUUUAUGUCAAGCAUUUUAUCCUGCCCCUCAGGAGAGUUACAGCUCCCAGGGCCUUCCCCUCAAAGAGAGGCUGGCCAAUAUUAGAGCUGAGCUGCUGGAGAUUCUGAGAGACUUAGGACUUCCGAGGACCAUCUGGCUUAACUCCAUCCCCUGUGCUCCCUAUGUCUAUAACGAAUAUGCCCACUUGGAAUUCAUUGAAUAUACCCCUUUCUAG